AUGGCCGCACCAUUGAGCGAGUUUGAUCUUUGGAAAAAAACCGUACCGGUUCCUCGCACGUUUUCUGACCCACUCGAACAUCGGGCGUUUCUGAAAUUCCGCUUGGCUCAAGCAUAUCGUAUCUUUGGAAAGUACGGUUUUGAUGAAGGGGUCGCUGGACAUAUUACUGUCCAGGACCCGAUCAGAAAAGAUUGUUACUGGUUCAACCCCUGGGGUGUUCAUUUCAAGUUCAUGCAGCCUGAGGACCUCAUUCUCGUGGACCAAGCAGGGAAGAUACAGGAAAAUGAAUCUGGACCUUCCCGGUGGCUCAACGGGGUGGCGUUCCUGAUCCAUUCAGCGAUUCAUCAAGCUCGCCCGGAUGUUGUCUGCAUUGCGCAUUCGCAUACUACGUAUGCCAAGGCAUUCGGCACUCUUGGGAUACUUCUUGAUCCCCUUACUCAGGACAGCUGUGCGUUUUAUAAGGAUCAUGCUUUGUAUGACGAAUUCAAUGGCAUCGUCGAUGAUAUCGAGGAAGGUGUGGCCAUAGCGAAUGCUCUUGGUUCGAAAAAGGCUGUCAUCCUCCAGAACCACGGGAUCCUCGUUUCCACCGAGUCGAUUGAAUCUACCGUUUACUUUUUCAUCUCUUUGGAAAAGUGCUGCCAGGCUCAAAUGACAGCGGACCAGGCCGCCGCUGCUCGUGGAAUAAAAACACGUCUUAUUGACCCAGCAAGUGCGGCCCAGACAUACGAAUACCUUGGAUCUGAGUUGUGGGGCAACUUUGCCGGAACGCCCGAGUUCGACCUUUUGGAGCAGGAAGAAGGAAAGAGAUUCGAGUAUGUACCUGCACCCAAGGAAACCGCGUAGCUCAGUGACUCAAGGUCACGGUUGUUGACCGCAAUUCGUGGGAAAACCGGUGAAGUUCAUGUUCAUUCACCUGAACAUGACUCAAAUUGAGCGGUUCUUUGGUCCUAUAUCGUAGCGGCGCUGGGAAGCACCAGUCCCCGAGUUCAACUUCGGAGUUCAAGAAAUGACGAUGGAUUGGUAGCAAACCGUUUAUCGAUAUACAAACAAUCGAGUACUAUGUACAGCAAUCAGACACUUCGCAAAUCAGAUGCAGCACUACAAAUUUCAC